AUGGCACUUCGGGACAUGGUUGAUAUGGUAGAUAUGGUGGUGUUGGCUUGGCUUCACGUCUGCAACUCACCUUUGCUCCCACACUUGCCCAGUGUGGCUGGGCAGGAGCUGUGGGUGCUGAGCCUUCCCUCAGUCCUUCCUACCACACAUGGCACCUAGGUCAAAUCCAACUGGCUCAUCCCCUUGAUCAGGCUAAUCCCAGCAUCGCACAGAGACUGGACCUUCAGUAUUUAUUUGGAUAACAUGAUGACCAGGGUAGGGGAGGACAGUGUGCAGUCCAAUGGCUGGUCUGUUCAUGUCCCAUCUGAUGUUACUGGUGAACUUGGGAAGAUGGUUAUCCUUCCCUGUACUUUCACACACCCCUACAAAACAUUCGACCGCACCCUCACUGCUAUUUGGAGGAUCAAGGAACCUUACAACGGCACGAUAGUUUUCAAGUGCAUUAGCCAGAGCUCCAGCGAGCUCUGUAAGACUGCCAUCAGCUACAAAAGCAAAUACAAACUGCUUGGCAACCCCCGGCACAAGGACCUUUCCAUCAGGAUUGACAAUCUGACCUGGAGUGACAGCGAGAGAUACUUCUGCCGGGUGGAGUUGUCCGGAGAUAUCCAUGACAAGUAUGAAAGCAAAGAUAAAGUCCCUGUUGCAAUUUCUGCAGCUGCCCCUAGGAUCAUCAACAUCACCGUCAGCAACAACGGAGAUCGCACCUUCCAGGCACGCUGCACCGCCGAGGGGGAGCCAGCACCCACUCUGACCUGGACCGGACCACCCUACAGCAACCUCACCUCCAUCACCAGCAUGAACCAUCGCGUCACCAAGGAGCUCCGGUACCUGACCCAUGAUGGAAAAUACACCUGCACUGCUGUCAACAGCCAUGGGAGAGCAGAGGGGGCUGUGUAUUUCUAUAAAUUCAAAGCAUCCAGCAGCUCCUUCUUCCUGAUCCUGAUCUUUGUGCCUCUUGGAAUUAAAGUGCUCAUUUUGCUGGUGAUACUGAGCUUCAUUGUUUUCUCGAGAGGAG